AUGCUGCGCCCCUGGCUGGCCACCUUCAGCGCGGCCGGCACGCUGCUGCGCGCGUGCGGCGAGAGUGGCGGCCCUGGCGCUGCCCCGCAGGACACGCACUCCGAGUGCGCCAACUGGGCCAAGAGGGGCGAGUGCGACGAGCGCGAGGCGCAGCGGGUCCGGGGGGCCCUGCAGUCGGAGGAGCAGCAGGCGCUCGCGGCCGCGCGGGCGCUCGCCUGCGCGGGCGCCGCCGAGCCCUCGGAGGGCGCGGUGCGGGAGGCCGCCGAGGCCUGCCGGCAGCGCUGCGGGCCGCACGAGGACUGCCUGGGCCAGUGCGAGCGGCUGGCCCCGCGGGAGCUGCACGCCCUCCUCCGGCGGUGCGCGCCCUGGCCGCUGCUGUCGUCGGAGGCCGUGUCCGCGGGACUCCACGUUGUCUGCCUGGUGCCCGCGGAGGCGUGCGAGGACGUCGGGAGCCACGCGGUGGUCUUCAGGAACGGCCGCGUGGCCGAGCGGCCCCAGGUGCGCGGAGAGACGCGCGGGAAGCUGUACCAGGACAGUGGUUUCUUUACCCCGGGUGGGGAGCGGCUUCUGCAGCUGAGCUCGCUGCUCAAAGAGCCCACCCUGCUCAUGUUCGAGGGCGGCCAGUGGGUAUGGCCGACGGUGAGGCUGGGCCACACCACCGAGUUGCCUGGGCUACGCAGUCCAGGUGAGGUGACUCACAUCCGCACAGUGUCGCUGACACCCGCUGUCUUCGAGAUAGACAACUUCCUUCUGCCUGAUGAGAGCGAGCAUAUCAUGCAACGAGUCAGGCACACGAUCCAGAAGUCGCCAGUAGCCAUGAAGGACGCAGACCAGGCCAAGGCCAAGGCCGCCAAGGAUUUCCGGACAUCCUCGCAGGAGUUCCUCCCGACCUCGGGCGACGACAUUUUGGCAGCAGUCGACGAGCGGGUGCAGAUGUUGACGAGGAUCCCGAUCACGCACGCCGAGCACAUCCAGGUUUUACGAUACAACCAGAUGGAGCACUACUCCGCGCACCACGACUUCUUCGACCCAGCAGACUACGCGAACAACAAGAACAUUUGCAUAAUGAACAUGAUCCAGAACGGCGCAACCAACCGCAUGGCCACCGUCUUCUUCUAUCUGACGAACGUGACGCGCGGCGGGGAGACGAACUUCCCGAGAGCUGGCGGGCUUCCGCAGCCGCACGAUUUCUUCGAUUGCAGCCGCGGGUAUAGCUCCUGGCCCAUGGCUAACAAGGUGAUCAUAUUCUACAGCAUGUUACCAGACGGGUCCAUGGACAAGAACUCUCUGCACGGAGGCUGCGACGUGCUCGAGGGCCAGAAGUGGUCCGCAAAUUUCUGGCUCUGGAACAAGCCGGGCAGGGGCCUGGUGGGAGCCAUCGGGGACCCCGGCAGGCUGGAGGUGAAGUAUGCCGAGAAGCCCCCUGGCCGGCCCGAGCUCUGA